AUGGAUUUUCAUAAAUAUAUUUCAGAUGCUUAUACUCAUGUCAUAAAAAAUUUACCAGAGGUCUUGUCAAUCGAUGGAAAUAGGAGAAAUUCCAGCACAGAGAUGAAUCAGAGGAGGUAUCUAAACAUAGAGGUCCAUAAGUGCCCUCAAAAAUAACCCUCCUGUAGAGAAUAGGUCUUCUCUGAAUUCAAUGCCUGUUAGUGAGGCUAACUAUCAUGCAAAUCUUCAUAGGAACCCCUACCAAGCAAAGGUUAAUUAUUUCCAAACAGCUUUGAAAAAUUCUAAGCCAGACUUAGGUUCAGCACAUAAUAAAAACUCAAGAAAAAUAAAAUAUUCGAAAAGAACAAAAGAUGAGAAUAAAAUUAGGGACAAUAUGAAGGCAAAAAUCAAAAGAGUCAGUCGAGCCAUGACUCCUUCAAGCCACAAUAUGUCCUCUACAGGGAGUCAGAGAGAAAUGGCUAUCUCUCACUCUGCUAAAGACCAGAUCAGCAUUCGAGACAAUAUGUAUAGAAGUAAUUCCAAAGAAGAGCUUCAGGAUCAAAUUAUGAAACUAAAUCGACAAAUUAUGAGACUUGAGGAAGGAAAUAAGUGAUUAGUUGAAGAAAAUAGGAGAUAUAAGAGCAUUUACUCUCAAGAGCCAAACCCCGGGAGCUUAAAGCCUCCUCACUACCAAUAUAAACUAUCUUCUAAGAGGGGGCAGAAGAAGGAUUCUUCUAGAAAGAAAUUUCAAAAUUCUAAGAAUUUUAGCCAAACUGAUAAAUUUUCUGAUUUUAGAAACAGCUAUAGUUUCGAAAAUAAGGAUUGAUCAAAUGCAAUUAAUACACCAAAUCCUGAAAUAGAGAGCCAAACUAAUACUAAUAAUUACAUGACUAUUCCUUCUUUCUCUCAUGACAAGGAAAACUUAAAGACAAAUGUGGACAUCAAUCAUUUCAUCCGAAAAUCCACUCAUAAAGAAUCAGUUCUGAUGCAGAAAGUGAAUAAAAUACUUGAAAGGAGAUCUAAAAGGCAUAAGUCAAAAUCUAAAUCUAAACGGAAGCCAAGUGAGCUGCCAGUGAAUCAGACUUACAAGAGUCUGAAGCAUUCCAAAAACGAGAUCAUUGCUAGGAUAAAUAAUAAAUAUGGGAAAAGACUGUUUUAGAUAAUUUCUGAUCUCAAUUUAGCCUCA